AUGAAGCUUAUCGCAACCCUCGCGCUAGGCGUGACAGCUUCCACAGCCGUGUUGGGGGCUGUGCUACCGCAGCAAGAACCAUUAACAGAACACAGCGUUCACCACGGGCAAGAACUUUAUUUGAUCGAGCUUGCUCCUUACGAGACAAGAUGGGUGACAGAGGAAGAGAAAUGGGAUCUAAAAUUGGAUGGUGUAAACUUCAUCGAUAUCACCGCUGAGCGAAACACUGGCUUCUACCCCACACUGAACGCCGGCAGCUAUGUCCACUACCCGGUGCAGAUGGAACACUCGGAAGAGGUUGCCCCACUCCUCCGCAAUCUGUCCAAGGAUAACAUGGAGAAGAAUCUGGAGCAUUUCACUUCCUUCCAUACUCGUUACUAUCGGUCAGCGACCGGCGUCGAGUCAGCGACGUGGCUUUACAACCAGGUCCUUGAUGUGAUCAAGGAGACGGACGCCUCAAAGCAUGGCGCGACCGUGGAACAGUUUUCCCACCCCUGGGGUCAAUUCAGUAUCAUCGCCCGAGUUCCAGGGCAGACAAACAAGACCGUUGUAUUGGGUGCUCAUCAGGACAGCAUCAAUCUGUUCCUCCCGUCGAUUCUGGCGGCGCCUGGUGCGGAUGAUGAUGGAAGUGGUACCGUUACGAUUCUUGAAGGCUUGCGGGGUCUGCUGCAGUCAGACACCGUUGCCCAGGGUAAAGCCCCAAACACAGUGGAGUUCCACUGGUACUCGGCGGAGGAAGGUGGUAUGCUAGGCUCCCAGGCUAUUUUCUCCCAGUACAAGAAGGAUAAGCGGGAUGUCAAGGCCAUGCUCCAGCAGGAUAUGACUGGAUACAUCCAGGGGUCGUUUGAUGCGGGCCGCAAGGAAGCCAUCGGAACCAUGGUCGACUACGUCGAUCGGGGGCUGACGCAAUUCCUGAAGGAUGUCAUUAAAGAGUACUGCAAGAUCGGACAUAUUGAGACUAAGUGCGGCUAUGCUUGUUCUGACCACACAUCGGCGAGCAAGUACGGGUACCCUUCUGCAAUGGCAACUGAGUCUGAGAUGGAGAACAGCAACAAGAAGAUUCAUACCACCGAUGAUCGAGUCAAGUAUCUGAGUUUCGAUCACAUGCUGGAGCAUGCGAGGUUGACCAGAGCUACUCUAGCGACCAAAAAGCUACUCGAAGCUGUCGACAAGGGGUCGUUCGACAAGAGUGAUUCUACCCCUGUCACCAUCGCCGACUUUGCUGCCCAAGCAUUAAUCAUCGCCGCUAUUCAUCAUGCCUUCCCUGAUGACGUGUUUGUUGGUGAGGAAAGCGCGAGUGCCCUGCGAUCCGACCCCGCCCUCCUCGAGCGAACGUGGGAGCUGGUCGCUUCUACUCGAUUGACCGACGAGGAAAGCGAUGCGCAGCUCUAUACUCCCAAGACGAAGGAGGAAAUGUUGGAUAUCAUCGAUUUGGGGGCCCAGGGUACAUGCGGCUCGCAGAAUCGUGCCUGGGUGUUGGAUCCAGUGGAUGGGACGGCGACCUUCAUUCAAGGGCAGCAGUACGCCGUCUGCCUGUGUCUGCUGGAAAAUGGACGCCAGAAGGUUGGUGUUCUGGGCUGCCCAAACAUGAAUCUGGAGAAGGGAUACAUCCACGAGGAUAUUGUAGAUCGAGAAGGUUAUGGGCAUCAGGUAUUCGCCGUUGCUGGUCACGGCGCGUACAUGAGAAAGAUGGACACGGGCGCUCUCCUCCCUGCCCACAAGCUCGAGCCUAAACCUGCCAUCACAGACCCCAAGGACCUUGUCUUUGUCGAUUGUGCGGGUGGAUCAUCGGAUAUCAACGUACAUGCCCGCCUUGCAUCUCACCUGGGCGCCCCUUGGCCGCCUAAGACAGACCUCUGGGCGACCCAGUUGCGAUACAUCGCGGUUGCGGUUGGAGGGUGCAAUGCUUCCAUGAAGAUCCCACGCAAGGCUUCUUAUCGGUCAAAGAUCUGGGACCAUGCGGGCGGGAUGUUGAUUGUCGAAGAGGUUGGCUGCAUUGUCAGCGACCUUGCUGGUCGUCCGGUUGACUGCAGCCUCGGGCGCACUUUGGCGGGAUGUCACGGGAUGAUUGUUGCGCCUUCGUCUAUCCACCAACGGUUUGUGGACGCUGUGCAACAGAUCAUGUAA